CCCCCCAAAAAAAAUCUCAACCCAAUCAAGGUUAAUGAAUUUUCCUCUUUUUGCUUUAUUUCAGCCUUUGGAUCUUCAAAUGCUUUCGGACAGUCUUUAGGUUUUGUGUCUGGAGCAUCAAAGGUGUUUGGACAACCAGAGAGCAGUUCCAGUCCUUUCCAGAGUCAAGGCAGUGCAUUUGGUGGCAACAGUUCAGGAAACAUGAUGUGCAAUUUCACAAAUGUGCCAAAUCAAGGAAAUAAUACAUUUGGGAACGUCAACAGUGUAUUUGGAGGUGUGCAGACACCUUCACCACUACAAAAUACAUUUGGGAAUUCUUCAACCUUAAAUACUGUGCAAUCAAUAGGUGCAAACCCCCAAAUGUGUGUCUUGGGUAAUUCGACUCCUUCGAUGAAUCAAAAUAGUUCAUUUGGGUCUGUUUUUGGAAAUUCAUCGUUAUCAUCUAAUGUUAGCACUAGCAGCGGCACUGGUCUUUUUGGCAAACCUGCUCUCGCUCCUCCUGCUUCUCAGCAAAAUUCUGUAUUUGGACAGCAACCAGUGCAACAAUCUUCUGUGUUUGGAUCAGCCAUGCCAUCAGGUACGACUGGGUCUGUUUUCGAUCAAGUCUCUUCUGUUGGUUCGUCAGUCUUCACACAGUCUCCACCAGCACCAGAAUCCUUGACAAUCUAUACACCACUUGCAGAUCUCACCCUUCCUGAACUAGAACAAUAUCAAGCUCAGAAAUUUAUCCUAGGGAAAAUUCCAACUCAACCUCCUCCGAAAGAACUUUGUUUUUAAUGAUAUAUUAAUUUAAGCAGUGAGUGUAAUAUGGUGGAAUUGCAAAGAUGUUAUUUCAAGACCACAACAGGGUUUCAGCCUCUAAUUAGAGACUCUUUUAGCUUUUAUUUAAUCUUCUUAUGCACAUGGAAAAGGUAUGAACAUCACAACAUCAUUUUCUAUCCUGGAAAACAAUCUAAAGCCUUUAGUCUCAGUCAAAGGGUCAAAAGAAACAAACAUCUAUUUCAAACAGAAAUAACUUCAUGACUGGUUGAUUUGAUAAUUCUGUUUUGUUUACUGGUUGCAAUAACUAUAUCACUACAAUUAAAAAUACAGUUCUAAAUGAUGCAUUAUCUCGUUAACCAAUCCUUUUAUUAUAUAUAAACUCAUAUAAAACUUAAAUACUUGUGGACAGAAACAACAGUAUUUACUACAGAAGUGGUGAGUGCAGUAAAGUUGUGGAAAACCAGUUCCUGCUGUCAGAUCGACAAUUCUGGAAGUUAUUUCUUUUUCUUUCCUGGUUCUUACAGCCAUUUCAUGUAAUUUACAUUGUUAUUGCCUUUUGAAAAAGGCAUGACUGGUGUGCACUCGUGUCUCUUUACCCUGAUACACAUGACUCAAAAAAAAAAAAAAUGACAAUA